AUGAACAUCCUCCUCCUCUCUGCUCUGUGCCUCUGUGGUCUGGCCACUCUGGUUGGCAGUGUCACAGUCCAGGACGGGGACUUCUUCUACCCCCUGGAGUCUGUGAAGAAACUCAAGGACCUGCAGGAGAGCGGGAUGAAGACCCAGAAGGCCCAGGGCUAUGGGGUCUACUUGUGCGACCACCCGGAUUUUCCCAAGGACUUGGAAUCCAUGUGCACCCGAUCUGAUGCUGCACAGGCUUUCCAGAGGAUCGGAGCCAUAGCGGUGGACUCGCACACUUGUGAGAUCUGUGCCUUCGCCGCCUGUGCGGGCUGUUAG